GGUGGCUGUAAGGGGACAAUGGUUUCCAUGUGAGCGGAUAAACGCGCUCCCCUUAGCUCCAGAAAAACAGGGAGGAUGUCUUACUAAGUGCGUGAAGGGGCGCUAAGAAGCUAAGCGAGGAAGCCAGAAGUACAGAGCAAGAGACAUGCCGCACCGCGGCCUAGUGCAAGGACCAGAUUUCAAGGAUUUCCAGCGUCGAUAUUUCACGCCAUCUGAAGUCGCCCAACACAAUGUACCGGAAGACCUCUGGGUCUCCUACCUGGGAUCCGUGUACAACCUAACGCCAUUGGUACAGAAGUACAAGGGAGAUUUGCUCCUGAAACCCAUUGUGGAAGUUGCGGGACAGGACAUUAGCCACUGGUUUGAUCCAAAGACCAGAGACAUUCGCAAACACAUAGAUCCUCUGACCGGCACCCUGAGAUACCGCACCCCGCGGGGCCUGUUUCUGCACAUCCCACCUCAGCUACCCCGUUCGGACUGGGCCAAUGAUUUCGGAACGCCCUGGUGGCAGGGCGCAAAAUAUGAGGUGGGGCUGCUGUCAUCCAAGACCCGUAACAUUCGCAUCAUUAACACGCUCACAUCGCAGGAACAUUCACUGGAGGUGGGAUCUCUGGAGUCACUGUGGGAAAUUCUGCAUCGCUAUCUCCCCUAUAAUGCACAUGCUGCCAGCUAUACAUGGAAAUAUGAGGGGAAGAACUUGAACAUGGAUUAUACCCUGGAAGAAAAUGGGAUUCGAGAUGAAGAGGAAGAAUUUGACUAUCUCAGAAUGGAUGGUGCACUCUACACACCUGCAAUAUUGCUCUACUUCAAUGAUGACCUUACAGAGCUAUAGGAAAGGACAUAUGUAACUCAUGUAGAAUCAAGACCUGUUUUCUGUUUCUGUGCCCUGUAGAAAAAGUAUGGGAAUGAAGGUGGGGUGCUCCUGGAUUCUUACCUUCAUUGCAUUCUGGGAACUGACCUUUGGAUGGGAAUGCCAAAGGUCCAAAGAUCCUAUUCCCCAAAUCCUUUAUAAUGGCUCUGAGAAAACCAGGGAUGAUACUAGAAGAGCAUUAGUUUUUAGGAAUGAGGACCAGAGAAUUUGGACCAGGUUACGGUACUUGUCUUGCAUACAGCCAUUCGGAAUUCGAUCUCUGGUACUGCAGUAUGGUUCCUUCCCUCCUCUCUGUCCCCAGAACCCUUGAGUGAUCUCUGAGCACAGAAUGAGAGAGUAAGCUCUGAAUACCACUGGGUGUGGCCCAAAAACAAGUUUUUUUUAACGAUGGCACAAAAUGUUUUUCAGGAUCAAUCCUUGCAUUAGGGAGAUAUAGAGGAGAGAGUAAGAUAUAGGGAGAUAGUGAAAACUCAGGCAAAACUUACAUGGUGAUGAAACCUUUUUUUAGAUAAUAGUAGAAAUGGAAUGAUUGUGGGAAGAUUUAAAAAUUGUAAUAGCAUCUAUUACUAUAUAAAACUGCCAUUCCUUAAUGAAUGUAUUUUGGCAGCAGAUAUCAAAGGGGAAGACUGCUAUGUGUUAAAAUAUCUGUCAGAUGGAUAGCAUUAUUGCUGUUUUACAGUUAAGACUGUUGAAGCUUAGCACAAAGACAUUCCAGUUAGUAACCAGAAUAUGAACUCAUUUGUCCAUGUUCUUUUUUAAUAUAAAGAGAAUAUCUCAAUAUCUAAACUAAUGCUAACAUUUGUAACAACUACUUCUCUGAACAAGUGUGUUUAGGCAGUUAAAUACACAAUUGAAACCUAUGGCUCACUGGGUUUUCAGAGUGGUGUAUUGUUGUGACUGAGUGAAAUCUGCUUGCAGGAAUCCAGUGUUAACUGAGCUCGAGGCUAUAUCCUGUUGAAUUCAAUAACAACUUUUUUUUUUUUGGUCUCUCUUUUUUGUUUGGGUCACACCCAGCAGUGCUUAAGUAUCACUCCUGUCUGCUUAGGGGACCGUAUCAGUUGCUGGGGAUGGAAUCUGGCUGGGCCAUGUGCAAGGCUAGUGCCCUACCCAUUGUACUAUGUCUCUGGCCACAACAAAAUUUUUCUUCUGACUUUUUUUGAACCAAAAAAGGGAGGUAUUUACUGAGUUCAGUAUAAAUUAAAAUGAAGGGCCUUAGGAUUGGAACAUAGGCGGGGGAGCAAAUUGGAAGCAAAUGGUAUUGUAUAUUCAAGGUGGGCGCUAUCCUCUCAGGAAGACAAGACUGUUUUCUUUGCAAAAGGGUGACUUUUUAAGAGGGGGCUGACAAGAUUAAAGAUAAGAGCUAAAAUAAGUGCGAAAUAAGUGUUCUCUUUGGUGACUAAGAAAGAACAAUCAUGGGGCACAGUGGCCAGAGCUGGUUUCCUUGGUGUGUGUGUGUGUGUGUGUGUAUGUGUGUGUUUCCCUGGAAGAGGCACACCGAGUGGUGUUCAGGACUUGCUCGUGGCUCUGUGUUCAGGGAUCACUAGUGGCGCUCAGAGAACCAAAUAUGGUGCUGCGGGCUGAAGCUAGUUGGGCACCCGGUGCAGGAACCCUUCCCACUAUAUAAGCCCUCUGCUCCCUUUACUUUAAAUCAAAAGCGGGAACUAAAAAUCACCAACAGAUGAACUUUCUGACAGAAUCAGCCAGGGAGAGGUUAUAAGCAAUCAGAGUGCCUUCCGGAUAAAUGAAGACCAGACCAGGGUGUAGUGCAGAUGGCCCAUGUGAGAAACUGAGUAGUUGUGAGGGAGUUUCUGAUUUGCUGGCUUGGAAAUACUUGGAUAGUGGUGCAGACUUAUGUACUCCACUAAUGGCUUCAGCACAAUCCAGACUCCCUAUGAAAUGGAUACAUCCUGUGUGAUGAAGAGUCUAUGAAGUCUCUGAAUCUUUUUUUUUUUUUUUUGGUUUUUGGGUCACACCCAGCGAUGAACAGGGGUUACUCCUGGCUCUUCACUCAGGAAUUACCCCUGGCGGUGCUCAGGGGACCAUAUGGGAUGCUGGGAUUAGAACCCGGGUCGGCCGUGUACAAGGCAAACGCCCUACCCGCUGUGCUAUAGCUCCAGCCCCCUGAAUCAUUUUUUGAUAAUCAACUCUGUUACUACCUUAUGGGAAUUGUGAUCAUUCAAUUAAGCCCCUAACACUAUGCUGUUGCUGGAGCAAAGGUGCUCAAUUUGUUUGGCCUGUCCACCCCCUUCCCAGGAAAAAAUUACACAAAAAUUCCCCUUCCCUAUACAAAUCUAUCUUUAAGCUAAAGAGAAAGUAUUCUUCCCAUUGCACCCCAGGCUACUCCCCUCCCCCCAAGAAAUCAUUCCAGCACCCUGUGGAGGUUAGGGAGCAGCAUCACCCACUGGGAGAAACAAUGCAGAGCAUACCUCAGGGCCUCCGCCUGUGGGAUCUGCCCAAACCUGCACUUUCAGAGGCUCCUAUGUUAGUACCUCUUGCUGGGAACUCAUAUCAAGUCACUUCUGUCUCUUAAAUAUCUCAGGAAUACUUUUGUGUAAACUAUCAUCAACUCUUGGCCAGACCCUUAAUGGAAAACUUCCUAACCAUUUCUGUGCAUAGAAGAGCAAGAUGUGAAAAACAAGCCUUCAGAAUUCUUUAGUGGUUUCCAGUUCCUUUUGGAAUAAAGCCUCAGCCUCUAUCUUGCAUAUUUUGCAUGAUUCCUUUGUUCCUUAUGCUCCAGCCACACACUGACUGGCUUUCCUUUGUCUCUAGCUCAGAACUACAGACUGAACUCUGCUUGCAACCCUCUUCCUUCAAUAUUUCCAUUUUUCCUCCUAGCUGAUCCUCAGUUUUCCUCAGGGAGACCUUUCUCUUCAGUUCCCUCCCACCCACCCGCCUUCCCCAUGGGGGAAGGGUGGAGUGGGGCAUAUCCAGCAAUGCUCAAGAGUUAUUCCUGGUGGUGCUCACUCGGGACCAUAUGAGAUACUGGAGAUUGAACCUGGGUUGGCUGUGUGCAAGGCAGGUGCCCUAUCUGCUGUACUAUCUCUUUUCUAGCCCCAACCUUUUUCUUUAUAUAGGCCAAGACUUUGGGCUAGAUUUCUCCUUAGUACUGUAUAUAUUUCAGAGUACUUAACUACAGUUGUAACUUUAAAAUUAUAGAUGUAAAAAAUAAGAUUAUAAAUGUAAUUGGCUGGCUGGCUACUAGACUGUAAGCUCUUAAGGGCAGAGCUUGUGUACUCUUGUGUACUGCUGUUUUUCCAAUGUUGGUGGUACACAGUUUUUGCUCAAUAAAUUUUGGUUGCCUGCACUCAGUAUCAAGUGAAUUAA